AAAUAAGGUUAUAUGGCCUUGAAGUAGGUAGUUGCACGCCCUAACUCAACAGCUACAGCAUUGAUAAAUACGGUCAUCAUGAGUGAUAAUUCAGGCAUGGAUGCCAUCCAAGCUGAAACAGCUCAGCUGCUUGGCUUGCUGAACAAAUAUGAAACUGAACUGCUGAGCACUGCCUGGGUUGAGGGAGUGAUUGACACCGACUACACAGAAUGUGAGGCCCUGCCUGCCCGGUUCGAGGAGCAGCACAUCCAGACCAACUGGAUUUCCCUCCUCACUGAAACUGGCCGGGUGUGCCGCUCCGUGGUGCAGCAGACGGCGGCACCGUCAGACACCUCUGCGGACGCCUCCGUCCUGGAGAGGAGCAGCGCUCCGAGCGGCUUCUGGACGGCCCUGGCCGAGAGUGGCACCCAGCACAAACACGUCAUCUCGCUGCUCUUCUACUUCAUGUAUUCAGGCCAGAAGUCGGACGCCAGUUUUGAGGAGCGCCAGGCCGGUAUGCUAGCCGCCUCAGUGUACCUGGACCUGCUGGCCAUCCCGGGCAGCAACGCGUUCCGCGUGUUCCACCCGGUGUUGUACUCUCGCGCGCUGGACUCGUUCAAGCUGCUGUCGGCGCUGACGGCGCGGCGCGGCGGCGGCGCGCGGAGGCCGAGCCGCGCCGCCGAGGACGAGCUCGGCGUCGAGGAGGACGAGGAGGAGGUGAUGGAGCCGGCCGAGGCGGCGCGCCUGCUGCGUCUGCUGGCCGGCCUGCUGGGCGACCUGCUGCUGCUCACCGAGCGCUUCUCGCUCCGCCACGGCGCCGAGAGUCUGGAGGACACGGUCCAGACGCUGGUCGAGAUCACCCGCGCCGACGGCGUCCGGCCCGAGCUGACCCACAACGCGUUCUGCUGCCUGACGAGCAUCUGCCGGCCGCUGCACGGCAGUGUCACCCGCAGCGUGGCGCUGGUGCUGCGCGCGCUUAUCCCGGCGCUGCUGAUGGUCGGCGAGCAACCGCCCCGCGCGCUCACCGCCGGCAGAGACCUGGCCGUCCGCUUCGUGGGCCAGCUGGUGCGCUCUGCCGGCGUGCUGGCCGAGCCGGCGCUACAGACGCUCGUGCAGAACGUGUGUCUGCGCGUGCCGGAGCGGGCCGAGCAGCGACAGCGCGGCGCUCAGGCCGUGAUGCGCCUGCUGCGCCUGAUGCCGCUGCCGCUCUACACGCAGACGCUGCGCUGGCUGCGCGACUUUGCCAGACACGAGAAGACGGGCCACCGGCUGUUUGCGCUGGAGGUGCUGUCCCAGCUGCUGGCUGAGGGGCUGCGCGGCUCGACCAGUGACUCCGACACGGGUCCGGGGCGCCGCGCCCGCCGCCGCAGCAGCCGGCGCAGUCCCACGCCGGACUCGACCUCCGAGAGCGACCCUGAGGACUGGGAGGCGGCGCAGCGGCGUGAGAGUGCGGAGAACGCCCGCGAGGGCGGCCGGGAGUCGCGCGCCGGCGGGAGGCAGUCCCGCGCCGGCAGGAGAGAGUCCCGAGACGGCGAGCGGGGGUCGCAGGAGUCCAGACCGGAGUCGCAGGAGGCCGGGCCGGAGUCGCAGCCGGAGGGGUCCGGGGGCAGUCAGGAGGACGGCGAGCGCGCCAUGACGCACGCGUUCCUGGUGCGUCUGAUUUUCGCGCAGUGUCGCGACCCGGCGGCCACGGUGCGGGCGCGCGCGCUCAACGUGCUGGCCGAGUGCACCGUGUCGGCCGACUCUGCCACCCGGGCGGCCGUGCGGCGGCUCUUCACGGCCGGCGCGCGACGACCGUCGGCGGAACGACAGGAGGGCUCGGGCGCGGAAAAUGAGGAGAACGAGGAGCAGGAGGACAUAAUGGCCAUGCUGCGCCGUCGCGCCAAGGAUAGCAAGGUGAUGGUGCGCAAGUCGUCCCUGCAGGUGAUCGAGAACAUAAUGCGGCUCAACCCGAGCUGCGUAACGCCGGAGAACCUGCAGGUGCUGCUGGAGCACUGCCGUGACCCGGCGCUGCUGGCGCGCAAACAGUGCCAGUCCUCGCUGAUUGGUCUGGUCACCCAGUACCCGGCCGACGAUGGCGUCUGUGAGGCCGUGGUGCGCGGCCUCCUGCCGCAGAUCCACGACCCCGAGAACAAGGUUCAGGAGCGCGUCAUUCAGUUUGUCGAUCAGACCAUCCUGGCCGGCAUCCGCCCAUUCGAGGAGGGCGCCCUCAGCCGGCCCGACGAACAGCUGCCCUGGAAACUGCUCGACCUCAUCGUCAAGUUCUGCUUCCAAAAGUACCUGCACACCAUCAUGCAGGCCGUCUUCAGCGGACAAAAAAUCAAGCCGGGUGUGUUCCGCGCGCUGCGCAGUCACGUGGGCACGGCCAAUAACGCGCCGGCCUGGAUGUGUCUGGCGCUGAUUUCUCGGUUCGCGCCGGUCGAGCAGCCACUGUUCGCACUGGACUACUUCACCGAACAGAUCCAGAACGAACUGAUGACGGAGGAGGUGUUUGCGCUGCAGCAGUCGCUGCACGUGCUGCAGUUCUCGGCUGCCCGGCUGUCGCCGGAGGCGGCCACCCGGCUGCAGACCCAGCUGACGGGGCUGCUGCGCGCCGCCGCCCUGCCCGUGGAGCUCCUCUCCGCCGCCGUGGACACGGUGGCCAUGGUCACCCUGGAGCGGGGCGGAGAGGAUGGCUACCAGCAGAGACUCGAGGAGUGGUGCGGACCACUGAUAGAGGACUGCGAGGAUUUUCUCUCGAAGGAGCUGCUGCAGCCGGGCGGCGGCCAGGGCUCGCUCUGGGAGGACCGGCUGCUGCGUCAGAUCCACACGCUCGGCGACCUCGCCCAGCUGGUGCCGCAGCGCGUCAACAAACGCUGCUUCCUCAUGCUGCAGAACAUCAUCUACGUGGAGAAAAAUGGCCGGCGGGGCGCCUCGGGCGGCCUCCAGGAUCCCUCCGCCCGACUGCGAUCGGUCGCCAUUGCCACACUCGGCAAACUGUGUCUGCAGCACGAGCAGAUGGCCAAACGGGUGGUGCCGGCCUUAGGGAAGAUCCUGGACGUCACGGAGGACCCGGCCAUCAAGAACAACGUGGUCUUCACCCUAUCCGACAUGUGUGUCAGGUACGCGACGCUGGUGGACCCGCUGAUGCCCCAGGUCACCUGCUGUCUCAAGGACCGCUCGCUGGUGGUGCGACGAAACACGCUCAUCCUGCUCAUACGGCUGCUGCAGGAGGACUACCUCAAACUCAAGGGCACCUUCUUCUUCCGGCUCAUACAGUGCCUGCUGGACCCCGAGCCGGAGAUUCGGCAGCUGAUCAGGUUCUACCUUACCGAGAGGCUGCUCAAGCGGCAGCCAAAGGUGUUCUUCCAGCACUUUGUCGAGUGCCUCUUCUUGUACAACGAGUACGAGGACCACGAGUCGUAUAACAAGCUGGCGCAGACGGCGCGCGAGCGGGAGGUGUUUAGUCUGAAGGGUCCCGAACAGCGGCCUCGCAGGAUGCUCGUCUACAAGUUCAUGUUGGAGCACAUGCCGGACGACCAGCGCUUCCAGAUGUCGCACAAACUCUGCCAGGACAUUCUUGGCGGCGUGGUGGACGGCAAGAUAGCGCUCUCCGCCGCCAGCGUGCCCCUGCUGCGCGACACGCUGGCGCUCCUCAGCUGCGACGAGAUCAAGCUGCAGAGUCUGAAGACGUCGCCCGAGGACGCCGAGCCGGCCACGGACGCCUCCGGAAUGGCCGAGGUCUUCCAGGCCGUGGCCAAAAAGACGCUCAUCUCGCAGGUGGUGAAGAAGAACGUGAUCGAGAACAUGGUGCCCAUCAUCAUCGCGCUCAAACACAAACUGGAGACGGCGCGAUCGCCGCUCCUCAAGGAGCUCAUGAUCUACCUCAAGGAUCUGAUGAAGGACUACAAAAACGAGAUCCAGGAUAUCCUGGUGGCGGACAAACAGCUCGCCAAGGAGAUCGAGUUCGACAUGAAGCGGCUGUCGGAGGCUGCCGAGGGUGCCGGCGAUGGGGACGGCGGCGAGGGCGCUCCGCCACCACCGGCCACCCCGCGGCCCGCCACCACCCCCUCCAACCGGCGCAUCCAGAGCGUGCUGGUAGAGGCGAUCCGCUCGGCGCACCGCAUGACGGCCGGACGGCCCGCGGCGGCGGCUGAGGACGGGCAGCCGCCGCCAGAGGAGCCGCCCUGCCACAACGGCGGCGGCGAGGGCGGCCGGCCGGCGGCCGACGGCUCUCCGGAGCUGGCUGCCGCCGCCCCCGCUCCCGCCGCCGCCCCAGCCGGCGGGCCGGAGCGGCAGUCGCCCGGGCUCGGCUCGCCCACCCGCGACCUGCGGGAAAUGCUGCGCGCCAUCAGUACCCCGCAGGCCGACGGCGCGGCGCCCAACCUAACGUUUGUCGACCGCGACGUGAGCGCCAUCCUGCGGCUGUCGCCCAUAGUGCGAGUGUCGAGCCGGCCGCCAGGGGCGCCCGACACGCCGGCCGGCGGCGGGGACGGCGCGCCCAGCGAGCGGCGGAAGUCAGCUCGCAGAGGUCUGGUGGCAGACCUGGCCGCAGAGGCGAUACAGGAGCAGGACGAGCGCGCAUAGGACACCUGAGGACGCGGCCCAGCUCAGCGCGACGCGUGACGUUACUGGAUGCGCCCUGUGCGCCCGCUUUUAUAUGCAUGACUUGCUUUAUCGCUGCUCAAACGGAGCAGUGCAGAUGUAUGUGUGUUUCAUAUGAAUGUGCCUUCUGAAGCCGUCGUGAAUGAUGCGUAGCAUGGCAUUAGCUUUCAUCGUAUCAUCGCAGCCAUCGUGGCCCUGUCAUCAUUGUCCGGGUGGUAAACUUUAAUAUGCCGCGGAACACUGCCCAUUGAACAGGUGCAGUUGCAUUGUAGCAGUCAUUCUCAUCAUAACAAAACAAAUCAUCGUCACGCUGGUACGAAAUAUACGGAUUAAUGGGAAAA